CAACGAAGAAGUCAGGCACACUUCAGCAGUAGCUCGGGAACAUUAAUGGUAUAUUGUGGUGUAAAAAGCAAUAAAUAUGGAUAAAAAGAAGAAACCUUUUCAUGUGACAGCUUCAUCGCUGGUGGACCUUAAAGCUGAGCUGUACAGAAAGCAGGAACAAUUCAAACAGGAGAAACUUGGGCAUGAACAUGCCGGUGCUGGAUUUACAUCAAAACCCAAAGACAAGAAACCUAAUGUCUGGAGCAAACAAAACGCUGGUGUUUCAGCAAGAGCUGAGAAAGAUGCAGAGCAGCUGUCUGAGGAGCAGAGCAACCUGGAUAAAUCAAGAACCAAGUUAGAGGAGAAGGCCAAACUCUACGAGCAAAUGACAAAAGGAGACUUUCCAGAUGAAGAGACGGAGGGGCUUUUCCUGGUUGAUUUCACCCAGAAGAUAAUUGACAAAAAGAGAGAAACCCUUGCACAGAAGGAAACGGAAAGACAUGAGGAGGAAAGAGACAUCUCCUUGUCUCCUGUCCCUCCUCCUCAAAACCCAGAUGAGGAAUGGGUGGAUUAUGUGGACGCUUUGGGCCGAUCUCGAAGAUGCAUGAAGAAAGACUUGCCAGGUUUUAAGAGAAUGGACCUAGACCUUCAAGGAAAUAGCAAAGCUUCAGCUGACAAGACGUUACUAUCAGAAGACAUGCGUCGAGAGCUGCAGAGGCAGGAGUGGGAGAGAGAGGAAGAGGAGGCUAUGAAGAGGCCCGUUGGACCGAUCCACUACGAGGAUAUCAGGGGACAAGAGGCUCGGGAUCUUGGUGUGGGUUACUUUGCAUUCGGUCAGGAUGAAGAGCAGCGCAGAAAGCAGAGAGAAACUCUGGAUAUGCUGAGAGACCAGACAACAGAGCAGCGCACCAAGCGGGAACAACUGAAGAACAAGAGGCAGGCCAUCCUGCAGGCACGACUUGCCAAAGUGAGGAAGAGGAAGAUGAAGAAGUCCGGGCUGGAUGGCACUGAGGACGAGCAGGGAGAGGAGGAGAAUGAAGGAGGGGAGGAUGAAGGUGAAUUUAUAGGACCCUUGCCUCCAUCAGUGGAUCCCCCGGAGGUCAGCACAGUGAGGAAGGUUGAAGUGGAGAUCCAGGAAAGGAAGGACACCAAACCAGGAGUUCCUCAUGUCAGAGAAUGGGACAGAGGCAAAGAGUUUAUGUUUAGUGAGUGGACAUCACGGCGUCGCGAAGAGCGAGAGUCAGAAUUUGCACCUCCCUCUGCGUACUUUGCCGAGUACAAGAGAGAAAGACUGGGGAAGGUUAAAACUCAGGAGAAUAAAUCCAAGAUGUCCUUCAAGUGGACCAAAGCCCCAGAAGCCGUGUCUGAGAGCAAGGAGGAACCACAAGCUGCUCCCUCGCCUCCUCAGCCUCAACAAAGUCCUCCACCUCCUUCACAGCCACAGACUUCAUCACCAGCAGAUCUCCCAGCAGAUCCAGCUCCUGUGUCAGCUCCUCCUUCUAAUCCACAGUAUCACCCUCCACCAUUUUAUCCUCCGUUUCCUCCUCCACCUCAGUUUGCUGGACCACCUCACCUGCUUCCCCAGUUUCCUUCACAUUACCCAAACCAGUAUCCACCCCAGUAUCCACCCCAGUAUCCACCCCAGUAUCCCCCCCAGUACCCCCCUCAGCUGCAGAGCCAGUCUCAGCCUCAGCAGCCCCCCCAGCCUGUCAGCCAGCCUGCACAGAAUCUGGACGACAUGCUGUCCUUCUACAGGAACACUACUUGAUUUCUAAAAUAUCAUAUUUGAUGUAAUUCAUUCAUACUGAGAGUAGCUGCAGUUUAUAAAACAUCCACCAGAUGAUGCUGUACACCUUCAUGUUGAGAAGAUCUCUGCAAGGGACCACACUGGUUGUAGAGCUGCAAUUAUUUUUUUUUAUCAUUGGUUAAUCUGCUGUUUAUUUUUCCCAUUAAGUGAUUCAUUUCUACGUCUGUAAAAUGUUGUAAAAUAGUGAAAAAUGUACAUCACAGUUAGUCUUCAGAUGUCUUGAUUUGUCCGUCCAACUGUACUUGAACUACUACUACUACUACAAAACCUAAAGAUAAUACGUUUAUUAUCAUGUGGGAAGACUUUCACAACUGAGAGUAAAAUAAUCUGUAUUCUCACUUCUCAAACUGUUAAGUCAGUUGUGAAUAAGUGCAUUUCAGGAUUGUCUUUUCUGUGAAAUUAAUACAAGAGGCCUCUACUGUACUUCUUCAUGGCUG